AUGACGGCUGCAGAAAAACUCAAAGCGAACCUUCCGGUCGCUAUGACCAUGGAGGCGUUUAUGGGCAUUUCGUGGUACAUCGCUGUUGAAUUGAAUGUCCGGCUGUUCAUGAUCUUCAAGCGAAGGCAAGGCCUGUAUUUCUGGAGCUGCGAUCUCAGCUCCUGGGGGAUUAUCCUCCAACCCCUGUGUAUGACGCUCUUUGAUUUCGGCGUUCUGAAGCAGCCGAGGGUGGCCAUGGUCCUGAUCUAUGCCACCUGGUGGAUCAUGGUGGUGCCGCAGGCGGUGGUUCUGUACUCGCGACUCCAUCUCGUCAUCUGGAAUUGGCAGCACCUUCGAUACGUGCUCAAGCUGGCGAGCGCCCGGACGUGGUACACGCAAACUCAAUCUGGGAUCGCAUCCAGAGUUAAAUAUCUGGGAUCAAGCAACGUCUACGGAGUAUUUAGCCUCUUUCGCAAAGCUCACGUCUUGCUCGUCGCCAACUCUCCCCUCCGCGCGAACUUGGCCGUCCUUCGAAAUUCACCCUACCCUCUUAUCACUGUAUCCACAUUACCCUCAGACAAAGAGAGGGCUACCUUAUCAACUGCCAACCGCAUCCUCUUCAGCACCAGCAGCACCAGCAGCCGAUCAGAAGCUCUGGACCAAAAACAACAUCAAUGUCGACGUAAAGUCAAGCAUACCAAUUCCCAAGGGUCAACUGGUAUAAACAGCAAUCCCGAAAUCCCGACCUUCAGCUUUGAAGGGCUAGGCUUGAGUAGGAACAUGAAGAUGGUAGUGUUAGGGUUAGUCGGAGUGUUCGGCACCGUGGAAACGUGGUUCUGGUGCAAGGCGAUAUGGAGAUGGUGGACGGCACCUGAGAACGUGAGGGAUAGUGAAUGA